AUGCUGGCGGAGGGGAGCGCUCGCGCGGGAGGCGCUGCUGCUUCAUCAGAGAUCCCGGAGAGCGCUGUCCAUCCACGGGCUGAUGUCGCGCCGGCAUGCACUGCAGGGGCCGUCAGCAGCCUCCUGACUGAGCAGCACGCGCAAGCCACGGUGCGCAUUGAGGCGGAGGAGCCGGCAUCGGUGAAGGCGGCAGUUCCCCCCUUCUUGGAUUCCGACUCGAAAGCGCCUCGGCGUACGAGCGGCCGCAAGAGCAUCGACGCUGAGACCAGGGCGAGGCUCGCCUGCGCCAAGCAGUACGGUAAAGAGGCAGUCGGGCAGCGGGUCAGCCUAUUUUGGGCCGGAGAGGACAGGUGGUUCGACGGCACAGUCAAGGGCUACUCGCUUGCAGACGGGCAGCACUGCGUCAAGUACGACGAUGGCGACCAGUGGCACUAUCACCUCGGUCGAGAGGAGACGCUCGGCUACUUGAGUUGGCUAAGCCUAGAGGCGAAAGCAGCGACCAGCGGAGGCGAGCGGCCGCUCGCCUCGUCAGCCACGAGACAGAGACAGCCACGCGGCGACGUGCAGCCGGAGGAGCCGCAGCAGAAGCGGCAAGUGGCAGCGGCGGAGGAGGCGGCUCCGAAAGUGGUGACGGAGGCGGAGGGGCUGAAGCUGCGCCUGUCGAGCAGCAACAGCACCGGCUACACGGGCGUGUUCCUCCAGGCCUCUGGCAAGUUCCAAGCGAGGCACGAAAGAGCAAGGAAAACGGUCUACUUGGGCACCUUUGCCACGGCGGUGGAGGCGGCGGUGGCCUACGCUCGGCACGUAGGCGAAGGGGUCCAGGCGGUCGGCGAGGCGCCGGCGGCUGCGAUGGUGUUGACGGAGGCGCCGCAGCAAAAGCGGCAGAAGGCAGGGACAGAGGAGGCGGCUCCGUCGGCGGUGGCGGAGGCGGAGGGCUUGCGCUUGCACGUCUCCAGCAGCAGCGGCAGCGGCUACUUGGGCGUGUGGCUGUCCUCUGGCCGCUUCCGGGCGAUGCAGUCGGUAGACGGUAAGAAGGUCCCCUUGGGCUGCUUUGACUCGGCAGAGGCGGCCGGGGAGUACCGGCCUCGGGCAGAGACGGCGGAUGCAGGGGGCGCCAUCGGUCAGCGCGUCCUCGUUCCCGCUACGGUCUACCCUCAGUACGCGUGCAGCGAGCAAGGGGGGCGCGGUUGGGAGGGGCUGAUCAUCAGCCGACGCCACGACCACGCGCAGAUUCGAUUCCUGCAUGCAACCGGCGAGGAUGGAGCUGCAUAUGAGCCGGUGCGCCUGCAGCACUCGGCCUAUGUUGUGCUCGACCAGAAUGAGCCAGAGCAGCAUCCGCAGGACCAGGAGCUACUAGUGGCGGCGGAGCCGAUGGAGACGAGGUUGGAUUCGGCGGCAUUGCUCCGCCCCGACGAGAUUGUGACCGCGAUCGUGUGCGACGGCUGCGAUGGCGACUUCGAGCUGCCGCCGGGGACGCUCGCUCCGGAAGGCGAGUGGUACUGCGCGGCUUGCGGCGUGGGCGCCGGCGCGCGCGCCGGCCCCGUCCAAGAGGCUCUGGUGGCGGUGGAGGAUGGCGUGCGCUUGCACCUCUCCAGCAGCAGCAACACCGGAUACAGAGGCGUGUGGGAGCAAUACCCUGGCCGCUUCCUGGCGCGGCACACGGUGGACGGGAGGCGGAUCGUCCUCGGCACCUUCGACACUGCGGUGGAGGCGGCGACGGCCUACGCGCGGGCGGUUGGGGAGGCUCUGGCGUCGAUGGAGCUUCCGGCAGCAGCGCUGGAGGUGGCGGAGGGGCCGGGCGCGAGUGAGGAGACGCCAGGCCUGAGACCGCGCCUCUCAAACAGCACGGGUUGCGGCAUGGGCUUGGACCCCGGCGGCAGCGGCCGAUUCCGCGUGCGGCACAGGGUGGAGGGGCGAGAGGCCGUCCUCAAGAAGCGAUUCAGCGCGGCGCCGGAGGGGCCAGUGGCGGAGCCGGUGGCGGCAACGGCAGGGCACGCCAAGGCGCCGUCAGAGGCGGAGCUCGCGGCGAACGCAGAGCUCGCGCUGAGGGCAGGCUGGGCGGCGGGCAGCCGGCUGGAUUGCUACUGCCUGCGUGUCCGCCAGUGGAUGGCGACCAGGGCGUUGGACGCCCGAGGCGGGGUGGGCACCUCGCGCCGCGCGGAGCUCCUGGUCCACUAUCAGGGGAGUGACUCGAUGUUGGACGAGUGGGUACCGUUAAGCUCCGGGAGGCUCCGCGUUGCUCAGUCGUCGGGCGUCAACCCGUCGACGUCCAGCGAGCCCGUGGCGGACUCGAAUCGCUCCUCAUUGCACCUGCCGCGGGGCGAGUCGGAGGCGCACCAUGGGGCCAAGGAGGUUGCAUCUCCCGUCGCUCGGCGUGUCAGCCAUCUUGUGGCUCAGCGGGUGCGAGUUGGUGCUCGGCAGUACCUCGUGCAUUGGGAUGGCUAUUCGGUUGAAGAGCGGUCCUGGGAGGACGAGCAGGACAUCCACGACAAGACCCUGAUCCGCAAGCUGCAGGUCGCCGAUGGACCGUACGCCUUUGUGACCGAGGGGGUCCUCGACCGGCCGAACGGAGCCAAGCAGCUGGGUCUGUUCGCCCGCAAGCCAAUCCCGCGGGAUGCGGCAAUCUGCGAGUACCGGGGAGCGAGGAUCCCCAAGUCGCUGCAGCAGCGAGGAGACUACGUCCUCGAGGUGAGCGAUGAGCCAGUCGUCAUCGACGGGCUCUCGGAGAACAUCGGCCCUUUUUACGUGCCGGGGAGCUGCGCGGUCUAUGCCAACCACAGCUCGAGGCCGAAUGCGCGGAUCGACAAACGGCACGGCGGGAUGUGGCUCGUCGCCUCCGAGCCGAUCGCGGCAGGGCAGGAAAUCCGGUUCGAUUUCACAGAGGGGCACCGGCCGGUGGGCGAGCCGCGCGAGACGAGGGACUGGGAGACGGUCCGGCGCACGCCGCCGCCACCAGUCGUGGGCGCAAAGGGGCCGCCGCCGUCGCUGUCAUGGGAGGCUGGCCCGGGCGAUGAUGAGCGCUUGCGCAAGCUCGUGGGCGACGAGCGCUUGCGCAGACUUGUGCCCAGGUUCCGCGAAGCCAUGGCCGCCGACGGGUUCGGGGAGGAGCGGCUGUGGGAGCUGAUUGCUUCCACCAUCCCACGGCGCUCCGCGGAGGAGUGCCGGCAGCGAUGGCAGACGCUCGAGCGAGGCAGCGAGCGAGGCGGAAAAGGGUGA